AUGGUUGUAAAAUUUGAUGAUCAAGAGAGCACAAAACCAACAUCGAAAGCAUUUCUAGAAAUAUUCUUCGCAAUCGACAAAGACCGUGAUGAAGAAAUUACAAAGGGUCAACUAAAGAGAUAUUUUGAAACUAAUCGUCGAGAUGAUGACCUAAUUGAGAAUUGGAUGAAGUUAUUUCAAUUAAGAAAGACUAAUCGUCUCAGUCUAGAAGAUAUUUGUGAACAUCUACAAUUAAAUAUUGGAGAUGUUCGUCAACAAAGAAGUACACAACUAAAAUCAGCCGAAAAUUCAUUAUCAUCCUACACUGAUAAUCAACGGGUACUUGGAAAUGAUGUACAGGUGAUCGUUGAUCAGAUGCCAAUGGAUAUGAAAUUAAAAAUUACAAAUGAAUUUAGAAAACUAAUCACAGAUAAUGUUGAUUUCAAUGGACUAAAAUUAACAGAAUAUAUGAAACAGUUUAUGGAUAAAAUUUUUCUUCAUCUUGGGUUGUGCUAA